CUAGCAUUACGCCCCCUACUUUGUUCUAAUAAUUAUAAUAGACUUUAUUAUUCAUUUCUUACGUUUAAAUCGAGACUUUAAGACGUGUUUCGAAAGUGUUAAGACAAUACAGUGAUGUUGAUGCAAAAAGGUUGUACAUACUUUUUAUUUACGCCUUGUAUUUUAUUUUAAUAAGCUAAAAACAUAAUAAAUUUAUAUUAUGUCUAAAAAGAUUAGAUUUUUGUACAGGUGUUACCUCCUAUACUGCUGAAAACGGUGAGUCAAUCAGUUACAUUGUCUGUUAAUUUAAAUGAUCAAAAGUUUUACAUGUCAUUUGUUAUGGUAUCAGGUAAUUCAAUGAAAAGGAGCAGAAUGUGCUUUCGCAUGUUUGGAGCGGGGUCUGCAGCUGCUCUAGGAUCUUACACGGUACGGAUUUGGAAUCUGGCUGUUAUUCUUCGAGCAUUCAUCUCAACAUCUUCAUCAAUCUUAUAAUGAACCCUUGGCGAUGGUUGAGUUGGCUAGUUACGAUAUUAACAUGUCGAGCAAGUCAGUUCGAAAAUGGUGGCGACAAAAACUCUAUAACAGAUAUGAGCGACAAUGUUACAGAACGCCUUGAGAUUAUUAACGGUACGCCAAACUACAAACUGAUCAAACCAGAUAAAAGCACUCAGUGGUUUCCUGAACGCGAAAUCAAACUCGACAGUUGCGUGAGAAGAGCACGCUGUGAACCCCUCAACAAGACUAGCUGUUUAGGGUCGAAGCUGCCUUAUGACAAGACAAGCGUACACCUCACAUUCUAUGACAACCAAUACCAAAUACAGACGCAACUAGAACUGUAUAGAGAACUGAUCAAUGUGCCAAACUGCUGGGCCGUUAUACAGCCUUUGUUGUGCUCUACAUUCAUGCCCAAGUGCGAGCGAAUACUGGGUCAAGACAUGGUAUAUUUACCUUCGUAUGAAAUGUGCAAAAUUACAAUGGAGCCGUGUUCUAUAUUAUACAACACUUCGUAUUUUCCGUCAUUUUUGAAAUGCAAUACAACAUUGUUUCCGUCGAGAUGCGAGAAUGCUGUACGAGAGAUAAAGUUCAAUACUUCUGGAAAAUGUCUGCCACCGCUGAUACACACCGAUAAGCCUCUGCACUUCUACGAAGGUAUAUCUGGGUGCGGGCUACCAUGCCGGGAUCCUUUGUACACGGAGGACGAGCACCAGCAGAUCCACCGGCUCGUGGCGUGGGGCGCGGGAGUGUGCCUCGCUCUAAACCUAUUGACUGUGGCCACCUUCCUUAUUGACUGGCGCAGCGCCAACAAGUACCCCGCACUUGUCAUCUUCUACAUCAACGUGUGCUUUGCCGUCGCUUCUAUGGGAUGGCUCAUACAAUUUGGCGUGGGAUCCAGAGAUGACAUCGUGUGCUCAAAAGACGGUACGAGGAGACAAGGCGAACCUUCGGCAGAAGAGAAUCUAUCUUGCGUUGUAGUUUUCGUAUUGGUGUAUUACUUCAUGAUGGCAGCGUGCGUCUGGUUCGUCAUUUUUACAUAUGCGUGGCAUAUGAGCUUCAGAGCCUUAGGUAAAAUUCAAGAUCGUAUUGACAAGAAGGCAGCAUACUUCCACCUAGUGGCGUGGUCCCUGCCGCUUAUCCUUACCAUCGCAACGAUGGCGUUCGGUGAGGUAGACGGCAGCAGCGUCACCGGCAUAUGCUUCGUGGGUUACGUCAACCAUCCUAUGAGGGCAGCCCUGUUACUCGCUCCGUUGUCGGUUGUACUAGCUUUGGGCGGAUACUUUCUACUCAGAGGCGUGUUCUCAUUAAUCGCGGUGCGCGUGUCGAGUAAGGACGUGAUAUCGCCGCGCGCUGCCAACAAGAUCCGUCAGACGAUUACGCGCUGCUCGCUCACCGCCGCCCUCGUCGCCGUCUUCAUAUGCGUCACUUUCGCCUGCCAUAUAUACGAGUUUCGGAAUGCUGAGCUAUGGAAGGAGGCCUUCAAGAAGAAUAUCAUCUGUCGCCUCGAAGCGCUGAAGGAGCCCGAGAAGGAGUGUUCAGCGGGCGUGCGGCCGUCGGUGUCGGUGCUACAGCUGCGCCUGCUGUGCUGCUUCGCGGCGGGCGCGCUCAUGGCGUCGUGGACUUGGACCGCCGCCGCCGCCGCCGCCUGGAGGCGCUACGCGGCUAGGAAAUGUGGGUGCUCAGUGGAAGCGGAGGUGUCCCGGCGCGCGCGCAAGCACGAGCUGAUCGCGCGCGCCUACCGCCGCCGCGGGGAGUUCGCCGCGCGGGGGCGACUGUCCAUCUCGCUGGGCGGCUCGCGGCAGGACCCUGUCGGACUCUGCAUCGACCCCACCUCGCCCGCAGACUACCCUGACGACGCCAAGCACGAGAGCGGUGAACUGUCGUCGUCGUGGGCGGCGACUCUCCCGCGCUUCGUCAGGCGUCGCGACGCGCUGGUCCUGCCGACACAUACUCACCACUCGCUGAGCUCGACGCCGGACCGGCGCAACUCGCAGGACUCGCAGAUCAGCAUCAGCCUCCGCCACGUGUCGGUGGAGUCGCGCCGCAACUCUCUGGACAGCCAGCUGUCUGUGAAGAUCGCCGAGAUGAAGACCAAGGUGGGUCGCCGCCGGCCCAAGCACAGCAAGGCCAAGCGCAAGGCGCGCGCCGCCUCCACCCGCAAGGAGAGCACGCCCUCCAUCGAGAGCCAGAUCAGCCGCUACUGGCUGCAGGCCGUCGCCGCCAACAACGAUCCGUCCCGAGAGGAGGUCAAAUUCAGCUUCGACUGAUACGAGUCAUAUCGUGAUAUAUCCAAAUGUACGCCUAGCAUUAUGGAAGCAUUGAUACUUAUAGUUCUUAGGGAUCACUAAAACUUAUAAUACUUUACACUACGUAGUUUCUAAGCAUAAAAGUUCAAAUUAGAAUUGCAAAUGCCCAAAGGUGACUGCUGACUGGAACAAAAGAUGAGAUAAGCUGCUAACUAUUAACCCGUUUUAUUUUAGGGUUUAAUCAAAUAAUAGUCCCAUACAAAGCAUAUUAGUAAGGGAAAAAAUAAUUUGUGAUUUAUCAUUGAAGAUAAGAAAACAAAGACUGAACAGAAUCUCUAGCAGGCAAUGUUUUAUAUUGCUCCUACAUUUUAAAAAGUCCAUGACAAUGCAUUUUUGUGAUAGCCGUGACCUCGACAGUAUAAUUAUGUGCCAUAAAGUGCUUUGCAAUAGGCGAGCGCGUAAGAAUCAAUUUAUAUCAUAACUAUUCUAUGAAACGAUAUUGUUACAAACUUUUAAUAUUUAACUUUUUUACGAAUAUUAAUUGAGCAAUAAUUAUUCGUUGCUAACGUUAAAAGCCGAGUACAAGAUGUGGUUGUGACACCAGUUUUUAUGUGAGGCUAUGAUUUUGAUGAUGUGGACAAUUACAUCGCCACUUUACAUUUACUACGUAUUUUAGUAUUAAAUGUAUCUACAAAAGUUUGCACUUGGCAGCUACAAUAAGACUCACAUUUAUUUUUAAGACAUGUAUUUAAUUUUUAUUAAGUCUGUGCUAGCUUUAAAUUUUGAUAUUUUGUAUAAGUUUACUACCAAUAAUUUACUUGUAAUCUUAAAAUCGCAAUGUUUGUACAAUAAAUACAUAUGUUUUUUAA